UCUUCUUCUGUGUCCUUGGACUGAGUUGGUCUGCGCUGAAAGUAAAGGUUAGGCCAUCAGAAUCUCUUUCACCAUGACUGGCUCCUUGGAAGCCAUGCGUUACCUCUUCAACACCGACUUCAGAAUGAACGUCACCAUCGAUCCCACUGCUUCCCCUCCAGAACUCAACACAACCCCUAAGCCCUUCAGUGUGUUCGAUGGCUGUGACUACAUGGUGGAAGCCAUUGUGUUUGACCUGGCAGUGCAAACCUUUAACUUCGUGAUAGGACUUCCAGCCAACAUCCUGGUCAUUGUCAUCCUGAUCCGUAACCAGCACGACCCCUCCACCUCGGACAUCUUCCUGGGCUGCCUGGCCUUCAUGGAUGCCUACUUCGGUCUCAUGGUCCCUAUAAGCUUCCUCAACCUCUUCUACUGGAAGAGCAAGGAAGGAUGGUCAGCGCUGAAGUUCUCCUAUGGCGUGAAGGACACGAGUGGGCCGCUCUUCCUUUCCUGUAUCUGUCUGGAUCGCUUUGUCGCCGUGAUCUUCCCGAUCGCUUUUGGUCAGCUGAAGCACAUUAAGUACAGGAUCACCCUGGCAGUGUUUGUGCUUUGCCUCACCUUCGCUUACGCCUCAGCUAAAACCAUCGGCGGCAUCCCUCACUUUGAGAGAAUCUUCACGGGAGAGGUCUUGGCUACGUUCACCUGGAUGGUGAUCUGCAACUUAUCUAUCCUGUGGGCCCUGAAGCGCUCACGAGGCUCAGGCAAGGACGAGAUGCACCCCAUGAAGAAGAAGGCCUUCAAGAUGGUGCUCUCCAUCCUGUGCAUUAUCAUUUUUAACUAUCUCCCUCUGGUGGCCCUGUUCCCCUUCCAGGAUCACUACUCAUCCCUGGUCUUCACCUGCUAUGUCCAGCCUGUGGGUUUCGCCUUCCUGAACAUCAGCAGCAGCAUCCAGCCACUUGUCUACCUGUCUCGCCUGGAGAAGAUCCCCUUCCUGCCUGAGGGUUUGGUAAAGAAGCUCUGCUGGAUGAAAAAAUCAGAGCAAUCACCAGCUUAGAGCUUUACAUCUCCACAAGACUCGAGUGACCAGAUUGGUCCAGAUUUUAAAAACGUUCUCCAAGUUUUACACUCAGGUCCAAAAUUAUUGGCACCCAUUAUAAAAAUGAGCAAUAUGACUAAUAUGGAUACCUAGUUUUAUUUUUAGC